AGCGCAGAGAGCGCGGGCGCGGUUGCCGUGGUAGCGCCUGCCCGAGGGAGGGCGGCGGCGCGGGGCCAGGACCCCGGCGGGCAGAGGCGGCGACGCGGCCACCCGAGAGUGUGCGGCGGGGCAGCUGAGCGGCGGGGUCCCGCCCUGCUGGCCAGUGGGGAUGCGGGACCGGCUGCCCGACCUCACGGCGUGUAGGAAAAACGACGAUGGAGACACUGCUGUCGUCAUUGUCGAGAAGGACCAUUUCAUGGACGAUUUCUUCCACCAGGUGGAGGAGAUUCGAAGCAGCAUAGCCAGGAUUGCUCAGCACGUCGAAGACGUGAAGAAAAACCACAGCAUCAUCCUCUCGGCUCCAAACCCAGAAGGAAAAAUAAAAGAAGAGCUGGAGGACCUGAACAAAGAGAUCAAGAAAACGGCUAACCGGAUCCGGGGCAAGCUGAAGUCUAUUGAGCAGAGCUGCGAUCAGGACGAGAACGGGAACCGAACUUCAGUGGAUCUGCGGAUACGAAGGACCCAGCACUCGGUGCUGUCACGGAAGUUUGUGGACGUCAUGACAGAAUACAAUGAAGCGCAGAUCCUGUUCCGGGAGCGAAGCAAAGGCCGCAUCCAGCGCCAGCUAGAGAUCACUGGGAGGACCACCACCGACGAGGAGCUGGAGGAGAUGCUGGAGAGCGGGAAGCCAUCCAUCUUCACCUCGGAUAUCAUAUCAGAUUCACAGAUUACUAGGCAAGCUCUCAAUGAGAUCGAGUCACGCCACAAGGACAUCAUGAAGCUGGAGACCAGCAUCCGAGAGCUGCACGAGAUGUUCAUGGAUAUGGCCAUGUUUGUCGAGACUCAGGGUGAAAUGGUCAACAAUAUAGAGAGAAACGUGGUGAGUGCUGUAGAUUAUGUGGAGCGUGCCAAGGAAGAGACAAAGAAAGCCAUCAAAUACCAGAGCAAGGCCAGGCGGAAAAAGUGGAUAAUUGCUGCUGUGGCGGUGGCUGCCAUUGCUGUCCUGGCUCUAAUCAUUGGCUUGUCGGUUGGCAAAUGAUUGCGUAGAUGGCGCUGGGUGCUUGCCUCUCCCUCAGGGUGGCAAAGGUGAUGUUCGUCCUCAUUUGUGUAGUCACUUUGCUUGUGAUCCUUGGAAUUAUUCUAGCAACAGCAUUGUCAUAGCAACCGCACCCCAAGAGCUCUUUGUCCUCGGAGACUCCGACCACACCCGCAGCUUAGUCAGCAUCCUGUCCCUGAGCGAGUGUGAGCCUCAGACCCCAGGGCUAGCGCUGAGCGCUGAGGUUUUUCUUGGUGAUGAAGAAUAGAGCACCACAGAGGUUUCGUACCGUGAAACACCGCGAGCCCAGGGGAUGCAACGUGCCCGCCCAGAUGGCCUGGGUCUCUCUGAAGGACACCACAGAGAUUUCACAAUGGUGGCCUUGCCUUGGUAGCUUUGAAAUAGGAAUGAUUGAAAAAGUCUAAUUUUUAAAGAAGAUGUCAGUGUUGAGAAUGUAUGUCGUGUCUAAUUAGGGUCUGCGCUGUUGCUCUGUGCUCUCGGCUGACGGGGCUGACGACGAGACUUCGUGCCGGCCUGAUCUCUGUUCAUGUCUUGUUUGCAG